AUUUUUUUAACAUACAACGAUUUAGUGUGAAAUAUAUAUAUAUAUAUUAUAUAUAUUAAUAUUAUAUUCGUUGUUCCGCGCGCGGUUUACAUUACGUAAAUAUAACGGGCCGCCGCAUUGGCGGGAAUUUGGAAUCGAUUCGAACGAAACGACGCAUCCCGUCGAGGUGUUCUUUUUUUUUUCUUUUUUCUUUUUCUCAAUCAACGGGGACGAACUUAGAUCGAAAACAACUCGUGUAAAAGGUGAAGGUGGGUAAAGUCGAAGUGGUGAUUAGUGGUGAUUAGUGGUGAACAGUGGUGGAUAUUAAAAAUAGUCGAAGAGUGCGAGAGGUGUCGGAGCGAAUGCAUGACGGAUCAUGGUUUCUGCGUUCGGCCCAACAGGGAUAUUAGCGGGACGGCCUUCCGUCUCGCAAACGUCGUCGUCAUCUUCCUCGUCGACGACGGCGACUACGACGGCGACGACGACCGCGACUACGAGCUUACCGUUAAAUGGAAAUCCUCAUCGUUGCGAAAAUUACGCUAAGGCCGUCGCCGAAAGCAACAAACGACGUCACCAAUCCGAUCUUUACGUUAGACCAAGCUGGACCGACGCUGCCAUCGCAUUGGAUCAACUCGAAAAGGGCAAGGCGGAAGGACAGAGGUCAGUAGUAUGGAUCAGAGCUCGAUUGCAGGACCAGCUGAGUCAGCUCGGCUACUUCCUGCAAAGGCACGCGGGGAAGGUCCUCUUCGUUGCCAUACUCGCUUUGGCUACCUUUUGUGUCGCUUUAAAGUCGGUACAAGUACACAGCAAGGUCGAACAACUUUGGGUUCAGGAAGGUGGAAGAUUGCAAAAAGAAUUAAAAUACGCUUCGGAAGCAUUAGGCGAAGCUGCACCGUCGACGCACCAGCUCGUUAUCCAAACCCCAAGACAUCCCGGGGCAAACAUUCUACAUCCUGCCGCGUUGAAAGAACAUUUGGCGAUUCUCAAGGCAGCUACUCAGGCCACCGUACAUCUCUACGACAUCACGUGGAGACUGAAAGACAUGUGUUACGCGCCGAGCAUACCCAACUUCGACAUGCACUACAUCGACCAGAUCUUCGAUAGUAUUAUACCAUGCGCGAUCAUUACACCUUUGGAUUGUUUUUGGGAAGGAAGCAAACUCUUAGGCCCCGAACAUCCCGUUCACAUACCUGGUGCAAAGACGAACAAGCCCGUUCAAUGGACCAAUCUCAAUCCGUCCGGUAUGUUGGACGAGAUGAAAAAACUGCAAUUCAUGUUUCCCUUCAAGACGCUCGAGGACUACAUGAAGAGGGCUGGGAUAACGAAUGCUUACCAGAGCAAACCCUGUCUCGACCCAACGGAUCCCGAGUGUCCGGAAACCGCACCCAACAAGAAGUCGCAACAGGAACCAGACAUAGGAGUCGAACUUACCGGCGGUUGUUACGGAUUCGCUGCGAAAUAUAUGCACUGGCCCGAGGAGUUAGUCGUCGGAGGUGCUAAGCAUAACAAGACUGGUCACCUAACUCGAGCAGCAGCUUUGCAAACGGUCGUUCAAUUGAUGGGCGAACGAGAACUGUACGAUUUUUUGGCUAAUACCUACAAGGUACAUCAUAUAGAUUGGUCACAGGAGAAGGCUUCUCAUGUGCUAGAAACGUGGCAAAGAGAGUUCAGCAAUAAAGUGAAGAAACAUUUGGAAGAGAACAAUACGUCGUCCUACAAUUUGUAUGCCUUCAGCUCGACGACGAUGAACGAUAUACUUGGAAAGUACAGCGAAGUGUCCGUUUUAAAAAUUUCCAUUGGUUGUACUAUGAUGGUUUUGUACGCAGGUAUAGCGUUAUUACGUUGGAAAGAUCCAGUACGUUCUCAAUCUGGCGUAGGAAUAGCUGGCGUGAUGUUGGUCGGUGCAACGGUUGCCGCUGGUUUAGGAUUUUGUGCCCUACUUGGGAUCCCCUUCAAUGCAGUCACCACGCAAAUAGUCCCGUUUCUAGCGCUGGGUCUCGGCGUUCACGAUAUGUUUCUAUUAACGCACACGUAUGCAGAGUUAUCGGUGAAUGAGGUGCCGAGCGGAGAACAGACCGGGGUCGUUCUCAAGAGAACGGGUCUCUCUGUUUUCUUGACCGGCUUGAGCAACGUCUCGGCGUUCUUUGCUGCGGCCUUGAUACCGAUCCCCGCGCUUCGAGUAUUUUGCCUUCAAGCAGGCAUUUUACUUCUCUUCAAUCUUGCUGCCAUGUUACUUGUAUUUCCCGCGAUGGUCAGUUUAGAUCUAAGAAGACGUAGAUCCGGUCGAUCGGAUAUCUUGUGUUGUUGUUUGCCAGCGAAAAACGGCAAAAAUAAAUAUCCCGGGAGGAGAAAUAACGGGAUGGCUAAACAAACCGUAGCGAGAGCUAUACCACCGGAGAGGCGAGAAACUUGCACGCAAAUUUUGACCUCUCAAAACGCUCAAAACGAGUCCUGGGUAGGCGGUAACAUCAUGGAUAUCGACUUCGACAAAAACUGUACCGAGGAGGAAUCCUUGACCGGAUGCAGUCAAGACGAAUGUUUCAGUUUUUCUUUAACGAAAUUUGCUACUAAAACUUAUGCUCCGUUCGUGACGAGACCAGCGACUAAAGUUUUUGGCAUGUUCGUCCUAGCUAUCGUAUUUGCUGGUAGCAUUUGGCAAGCGAUGAGGGUCAGAGACGGCUUGGAACUUACCGAUUUGGUUCCUCAAAAUUCCAACGAGCAUGCCUUCCUCGCAGCUCAGGCCAAACAUUUUGGAUUUUACAACAUGUACGCGGUCACUGGCCGAGAUUUCGAAUAUCCGAAUAACCAAAAACUCUUAUACGAGUAUCACGAUGCUUUUAUGAGAAUAAAAAAUGUCAUUAAGAACGACAAUGGAGGUUUACCGGAAUUCUGGCUUAGCCUCUUCAGAGAUUGGCUGAAGGGAUUGCAGAAUGCCUUCGACAAGGAUUACAAGAAUGGUUGUAUCACGCAAGAAAGGUGGUACAAAAAUGCGAGUGACGAGGCAAUUCUUGCCUACAAGUUGCUCGUGCAGACGGGCCACGUAGAUAAUCCGAUUGAUAAAACGUUGAUCACGCAAGUAAGACUCGUCGAUUCCGACGGCAUCAUUCAUCCGCGCGCUUUUUAUAAUUAUUUAAGCGCCUGGGCUUCCAACGAUGCUUUGGUUUACGGUGCUUCUCAGGCCAAUCUUAGGCCAGAACCAAGACAAUGGAUCUAUACCAACGAUCACGAAUUAAAAAUACCGAAGAGUAUGCCUCUUACCUACGCGCAAAUGCCCUUUUAUCUUCACAAACUUACCGACACUCAAGAGAUUACGGAAUUGAUAGGAAGCGUAAGAACAUUGUGCAGAAAAUUCGAAGAACGCGGCCUACCCAAUUUUCCAUCGGGAAUACCUUUCUUAUUUUGGGAACAAUACAUGGAUUUGAGAAGUUGUUUAGUUAUAGCAUUAUUUGCUGCGCUUGCGGCCAGUAUUUUCGUUGUUGGUAUACUUCUUUUGAACGUGUGGGCUGCGCUUUUGGUGGGAACUGCUCUCGCUGGUGUGGUUUUACAACUAUUUGGACUUAUGGGACUUUGCGAAAUUAAACUCAGCGCCGUUCCUGCCGUCCUCCUUGUUGUCAGCGUCGGUAUAGCCGUACACUUUACUGUCCAUAUUUGUUUGAGUUUUGUUACGAGCGUUGGCAGUAGAGAUAGGAGGGUACGUUUGGCCUUGGAACACAUGUACGCUCCCGUUGUUCAUGGAGCUUUCACAACCCUAUUGGCAGUAGUCAUGUUAGCUUUCUCGGACUUUGAAUUCAUUGUACGAUAUUUCUUCCUGGUACUUCUCUCUUUGAUCGGAAUCGGCCUUGUCAAUGGACUCUUCUUUUUUCCAAUCUUAUUAUCUUUGAUCGGUCCUUCGGCCGAGAUCGUACCGAACGAUCAUCCUGAUCGCAUAUCUACGCCGACGCCACCAGCUUCUCCGAUCAUUAGAAGAUCCAAACCACCACCGCCACCAAGAAGAACUCAUAAAAUCGAUAAUGCGAGACUCCACGCGGAGCCAUCGUUAACGACCAUCACCGAGGAACCUAAUUCCUGGCACAGUGCGCAAGAAUCAUGUAUCAUCGUCCAACCCGAAUUAAAAGUCGAGACGAUGUCGACUUGUGGUAAUCAGAAUUGUAGCGGAUCAGACACAAGCGGAUCUAGUCGAACAUCUCCUGUGCCAUCGACUUCUCACAUCACGACAAAGGUUACUGCCACAGCUAACAUAAAGGUGGAAGUUCAUACCCCACUAACCAUAGGUGGAAUGGAUCGUAGUGAAAAAUGCCAGCACUCGAGCACCAGCAACCGAAGGAGCUCACGCUGCAGUGCGAACAUUAAUACAAGCGAGUCUUCCGGUUCCAAUACUGAAUCGGAUUUUGACCCUAAUCCGAACAAACACUAAUAACAAUCGUCGAGAAGAUCAGCAAAUGCUGCUAAAAUACCAUACAAAGCGGGAACAUACAGAAGGCUGACUAGA